ACUGCUAGAUUUUUAUUUUUUAGGAACUGUUGUACUGCUAGUUAAUUCUAAAAUUUCGAACAGGGAAGUCUUUCUCUUCGUGAACUUCCCACUUUUGAUUUUUCAGGUAUAAAGAAGAAUCCUAACUUGUCUGGCAGAAGGAGACUCCCGCCAAAAAUGUCCUGUUUUUCCGCGACAUUUCCCAUUCCGUAUUCUCCCCCCAAAACGACGCCGCUCUGCCAGUGCCACUGAUCCAGACGAAACCAGUACCAGUACUACCUUCCUUCCUUGAUUCCCUCAAUGACUCUCGCCGCUGCCUUCAAGUCCUCAAAACUCAUCUCCUGGAAAUCCACUGGCAGGCUUCAGCAAACCGUAGCUGGAUGCAUAGAGCGGACCGGGAACACUCUGCACUCCGGCGAGGUUUCCACCGUGAAACUUUGGCCGGAGCUCGCGGGAAAAGGGAGGUACUUCGAUUUCCGGUCAAAUUUGAUUCCGGCCUCGGUCGAUUUUGCGGAAGAAUCGCCUCUGUGUACCACGCUCCAUAAGGAUGGGUUCAGAAUUCGAACCGUUGAGCACUUGCUUUCGGCUUUGGAGGCCGCCGGUGUUGAUAAUUGCAGGAUUGAGAUGCAGAAUUCGGAUCCUAAAGUUUGCGAGGUUGAGGUUCCCAUUUUUGAUGGCUCGGCAAGUGAAUGGGUGAAGGCCAUAGAACAAGUUGGGUUAAAGGUGGCCACAGAUCAGUGUGGGAACAGUUGUGAAAAAAUGGCACCUUAUGUGAAUGAACCAGUGCAUGCAUGGAGGAAAGAUUCUUUUGUUGCUGCAUUUCCUUCACAAAAGGUUCACAUAACUUAUGGGAUUGACUUCCCACAGGUGCAUGCUAUUGGCUGUCAGUGGUUUUCUUCAGCACCGCUGGAUAAUUAUUUUUACUCCGAGCAGAUAGCUUCAUCAAGAACCUUUUGUGUUUAUGAGCAGGUGGAGCAAAUGCGUAAUUCUGGGCUCAUAAAAGGGGGCUCACUGGACAAUGCCAUUGUUUGUAGUGCCAGCAAAGGUUGGUUGAACCCCCCACUGCGUUUCCCUGACGAACCGUGUCGCCAUAAGGUCUUAGAUCUUAUUGGUGACCUUUCCCUUUUUGCACAGUUUGGCAGUCAAGGGCUUCCGGUGGCACAUAUAGUGGCAUACAAGGGUGGCCAUGCACUACAUGCUGAUAUGGUACGUCAGCUAUCAAACAAUCAAGAGAAGAUUUGAAAGAAUAACAUUGAUAUCAUUACUACUCAAAUGACAAGGAUCUUGGCUUAUUGAGGGCAGAUGUUGGAAACGUGCAUGUCCUUUGAUGUGUAACAUUAUCGUUGUAAUCUAGCACACUGUCAGCUUGUCAAGGAUCUAAUUCACCACUUUCACCUCCUCCUCUUUUAAUAUGCACAUAAAACAGAUGGCAAAUAUAAUUGUUAAUGAGCAUCUCAACAUUUUCUGAUAGGUUUGGUUGUCCCAUAAAAAUGGAACAGUUA